GAUUCAGUUCCUCCCAGAGGCCCUAGGUAGUCAGCCGCUUCUUCCCCAGGCUUGAUCAUGGAGUUCCAAGUGAAUGUGAAGAAGUGGAUCGAGAAAAACAAAUCCUCCUUUCUCCCCCCAGUCUGCAACAAGCUCAUGCAUCAGAACCAGCUUAAAAUCAUGUUUGUUGGAGGCCCAAACCAAAGAAAGGAUUACCACAUCGAGGAAGGAGAAGAGCUCUUUUAUCAGAUUGAAGGCCACAUGGUUCUCAAGAUCUUGGAGCAAGGCCAACACCGAGAUGUGCUCAUCCGCCAGGGGGAGAUAUUCCUCCUGCCAGCUGGCACUCCCCAUUCCCCGCAGAGGUUUGCCAAUACUGUGGGGCUGGUGAUAGAGCGAGAAAGACUGAAGACAGAGGUAGACGGGCUCAGAUUCUACGUUGGAGACACAACAAAUGUCCUUUUUGAGAAGUGGUUCUACUGUGAGGAUCUUGGCACACAGCUAGCACCAAUCAUCCAGGAAUUUUUCAACUCUGAGCAGUACAAGACAGGAAAACCCCGCCUGGACCAGCUGCUCAAAGAGCCACCCUUCCCACUGAGCACAAGGGCUGUCAUGGAGCCAGUGGCCCUUCGGCAAUGGUUGGCCGACCAUCGUGGGGAGCUGGAGGCAGGGAGGACUCUCAGCCUGUUUGGAGACAUGUAUCAGACACAGGUGACAAUCUAUGGAUCUGGCAGCAGCCAAGGUUCUAAAUUGGGUGUGGACAUGUGGUUUUGGCAGCUGGAAGGGUCCUCAGUGGUGACCACUGGGGGACAGAACCUAAGCCUGGCACCAGAUGACAGCCUCCUUGUGCCCAAAGGCACCGUGUACCUCUGGGAGCGAGCUAAGGAUUGUGUGGCUUUGGCAGUGACCCAGAAUCCGGACAACAAGAAGCCACUGAAGUAAACCCCAAUAAUAAUGGAUGGUCUUUGUGCCCUCUUCAUUGAAUAAAACAUAUCCCAUCAAACAGCCAUA